UCGACGUCACACCGCCUCUUCCGGGAUGGUUCCUGUUUUGAUUGUAGCAACGUUGAAAGGUUGAAAUAGGUAGCUAGCUGCCAAAUCAUUGUUCUUACAGUCGGUUUGAUUUUGGAUUUUUACCAGCUAGAGCAAUAUUAGCCAAUCCUAAUUCCCUGGCUCAUGACUCUCUACACGUGUCGACAUGGACAACCGAUGUUAUUGUUGUGCAUCGAAGUUCAGCCUCUUCAAGAAGGAGCUGGGCUGUAAGAGCUGCGGCCGCUCCUUCUGCUCCAGCUGUUUGACUUUCAGUGCUGUGGUGCCUCGCUGUGGCAACACCCAGCAGAAGGUCUGCAAACAGUGCCAUGCUAAUCUGACAAGUGGGGAACCUCCGAACAAUGCUGGAAAAUGGUCUCCUCCUGAAAAUUACAAAAAACGGGUCGCUGCACUUGAGGCCAAACAGCAGGCACAGUCGACGCAGCCUUUUGCACAUGGAGGCAAUAGAAACAGCAAAGCAGGCCAUCUACCAACCAAAGGCCUGAGUAAAGAAGAUCAGGCUAUUGCUGAAAGACUUCAAAAGCUAAAGGAGGACACUGCGCCAAAGUCUAUCCCGUCUGAGAAAGAGCUUGAGUCUCGUCUUGCUGCUCUGAAAGCCCCCAGCCGGCCAGUGCCUUCCACAGGGGAGAUGGAGGACCGUCUGGCAGCUCUACGGGGUCAGCUUCCACCAUCUCAAGCUCCUCCACCUGUGCACCAGCCUCCAGAUAACAGGACUCAGACUGAACAAGCCAAUGAUCUGAUUACUCAGAUGACUGAGGAAGUUGCCAUAGACAACCAACAAUCAAAUCCUGAAUGCAGUGUGGAUGGCCGUAUGAAUGAUCUCAACAAGGGGGAGGGGGGAGCAUUGGAUGAGAAUUUGGAGGAGAACCAGGAUUCGGUCAAGCAGCUGGAGACAGAGAAGGCCCAUCUGCUGGAGGAGGCCAUGGAAGAGCUGAGGAAGGAGCACCAUUCCCAGGAUCAAGUCCUCCACAUGGCCAAGAGGCUGGCGCAGCUGAAGGGGCAGGACCCAGACAAAGUCACUAUGGAGGAUUUUCAGCAUCCUGACAGUGAUGAGGAGACUGAGGAGGAAGCUGUGAUGAGAGUGUUGAAACAGCUGUCUGAAGAGGCUGCUUUGGAUGAAGCCAGUGGCUACAACAUACCAUUAGAACAGAGUGGACCCAAGAACACAGAAAAGAAAAAAACAUCUAAGAAACCGGCUCCAAAGAGUAGGAUUUCACCGGCUGCUGUUGCACAUCAGCCAUCAGAUAGUGAUGAAGAAGAGCUUCCAUGGUGCUGCAUCUGUAACCAAGACGCCACCCUUCGUUGUCACACCUGUGAUGGAGACCUAUACUGCAACCGCUGCUUUAGGGAAGGCCAUGAUAAAUAUGACAGGAUGGAGCAUCGCACCACUAACUACACUGCACCAAAGAAGAAGAGGAAGACAUGAUAGUGAGAGUGUGCUGUAGGUGUUUGCCUUAUCAGGCUCUGGUCAGUCCUCGCUGUUAGACUUGUGCUUUAGACUUAAGUGACCUAUUAGUGUUAAUAAAACAGUGUCUCAAAAGAUUUAAACACUACCUAUUAUCUAAAGAAAGCCAGAACCCUUAAUCUUAACCUCACUUUAUCCAAUUUGCCCAAAGUGGCUACAAAUAUGCAUCUAAGUAGACCACAGGAGGAGCAGCAUCUGCUUUCUGUAACUGCUAACAGGGCUUCAAAUGAACUGAACAAAUCAAAAACGAGCUGUAACAUUUAUGGCAAAGCAAAGACUAGAAAAUAGACAUACACCUUAAUGUAAAUGUAAUACAACUUGUAUAAUAUGAAAAACAUAGCUCCUAUUUUUUUCUGUAAUGUAUAAAAAUAGAUGUAUGUAAAUCUCGCAGAGGCUGCUAAACAGUGUUGGUAUUUUAGCAAAACACAGCACAGCUUCUGCACACAGAAAAGUUUUAAACUGUCCCAUGAAUAAGAAACUGUAAGGUUUUUUUUAUGUCACUUGUCCUACUUCCCAAAGGCAACAAAGGCUUAUCUUAGAUGCACUUUACACACUUUUUUUUUUAUUUUGACAUCACAUGCAGAAAGCAGACACAUCAUGAGCUCAUCUGGGAUGAUGUACAAUCCCAGACUGCUGUCAGCUCUGGACUGAAGAAGUACAGAGGAGUCAGUAUAAAAGGAUUACUGAGGGCUUUGUUUUCUUUUGGCAGGCACUGCAGUCACUCUUGUAAUCUAUGUUUGGCUGCAAGUCCGACACGAGUAUUGCCUUUCUCGUCCUUGCGUGUAAUUUUAUUAUAAAGGAUGCAAAAGUGUUAGGCGCUGUGUCACGUCUUUAGGGAACACUUCUUUUUAGUUAUAUUUUUAACACUAAAGCCUUUUUUUCAUCACUUGGAUGAAAUGUCCCCGGCUGGCAGGUCUUGUCAAAAGCGUAGUCUUACAAUAUGGAUGGCCUCUGCGUGAUAGAAGAGAAGCAAACGUGUAAGUGGGGGGUAAACCAAGCAAAUUACUGUAAUGGAACUCUCGGCCGAAAGACCCUCUAUAUGUGACAGACGGAAGGCCAGAGUGCAGUUUCAUCAGUAUGCAUUACUGUCAAGCUAACUGAGGAGAAGCCAUAAUUACACUCUCCUCUGGGGGCUCGCUCCAUUAAGGUUUGCAUUGAGGCCGUUACUGUGUUUGCCUUUUCUGGCCAUGUCAGACACACACCACAGACAGGAAAUGGAUGAGGAUAAUGGAUGCAUACUUAAUGGACCUUCCUGCUGCUGAUUUCACUGUGUUUACUCCUAGACCAGACAUGUCAACGUGUCCUUUGUUUCCAUCACACUGUUGAAAAGUGUACGCCAGAAAACAGAAGCUUGUAUUCUGGGAAUGAUGUGCUGACAGCUGUGCUACAGUAAGGCCUUGUAGUUGUCUCUGGACAGUAGGACAUAAUCAUUCUUUAAGGGUGUUUUAGAGCAGUAAUAAAGGACAAUAACAUGAUAGUUUAAUUGGUACUUUAAAUGGAUAGGUGUAAUGGACAUGUCAAUAUUUAUUUGUAUGUGUUAAAUGAAUAAUACCCGAUGAUACGGUACUGUCGGUCUGUCACUUUGUUGAAAAUCAGGUGUAACCAUUUUUUUUAUAAUUCAUGAACAGCCUUGUCUUGAAAAUGUUCAAUUUUAUUUGGACAUACAACACUGUUAUCAGAACAAAAAAUAUUUAUGUACAUAAAUAGGCAACCGAAAAUGUACAGUCGUACAUAAACAAAACAGUCCAUCUGAGUAAUACAGUCAGUACAGCUUUAAUCACAUGUGCAUUAUUGGUAUGUUUAUGGGAGACAAAAUGUUAUAGCAGUCCAUAAAUUAAAAUGAAAUAAUAAUAAAAAAAAUCCAUU